AUGUCCGUCAAGCCGACGUCGCGGCCGCACUGGUUCUGGGUCCACGGCGCCCUCGUGCUCACGCAGGUCAUGUUCGGCGCCGGCGGCGUCAUCGGCAAGCUGGGCCUGCCGGCGACGAACCCGCUGCUCUUCGCGCUGCUGCGCGAGGGCUGCGCGGGCCCCAUCCUCCUCGCCGCGGCCCACGUCUGGACGCCGACGCGCGUCGGCGACGUCGUCCGCGAGUGGCGCGAGUUCGCGCUCCUGGGCCUCUUCAUCUUCGGGAACCAGGUGUCGUUCAUCGUCGGCCUCAAGCUGUCGAACCCCGUGGCCGGGGCCAUCUGGCAGCCUUCGCAGCCCAUCUUCACGGCGGUGCUGGCCAUCUGGCUGGGCAUGGAGAAGCCGAGCGCCCGGCGCCUCGCGGGCAUCGGCGUCGCGUUUGUGGGCUGCGCGGCCAUGGUCUACCUGUCGGCGUCGUCCGUGGGCAGCUCCGCGCUCGUCGACGAGAUCGCGGGCAACUGCUUCUUCUUCGUCAACUGCCUCGCGACGUCCCUCUACGUGAUCCGGUCGAAGCCGCUGCUGCGCCGGUUCCCGGCGCUCGCCGUGACCGCGUGGUCCUACAUGGUCGCGGCGCUCUUCAUGGCCGUCACCGCCGUGGCCCUCAACUCGUCGCGCGCGGCCCUCGACUUCCUCUGCAAGGACUGCGGCGGCGACGCCUGGCGCGUGCCCGAGGCCGCGCUCCUCGCGCUCGCCUACUGGAUCCUGUUCCAGUCCGUGGGCGCGUACGCGCUCAUGACCUGGGGCAACGUGCACGCGUCGGCGUCGCUCGUGUCGGCCUACACCGUGCUCCAGCCCGUGACGUCGUCCCUGCUGACGGCGCUGAUUUUGGCGUCCGGCGCGUACCGGAACUGCGCGCGGGCGGACGACGACGACGCGUGCCUGUCCAUGCCCGGCGUCGGCGACCUCGGCGCGAUUGGGGUCGUCAUCGGCCUCUACCUCGUCAUCACGUCCGAGGUCGCGCCGCCGAAGAGCGCGCCGCCGGCCGCGGACCAGGCGAACCCGCUCCUCGACGGGAGCGACGACGACGACCGCGCGCCCGACGCCGCCGCGUCCAUCAACGCCUAGGCCCCGCCCGUAUUUUACCCCUCGCC